AUGCCACUUGCUAAAUCCGGUCGUGGGGCUGGAGGUGGACGGUUUUCGAGCACAUCUAGGGGAAGUGCUCCGAGAGGAAGUGCCCAGAGGGGAGGCCAAAGCGGUAGAGGCCAAGGUAGAGGUAUUCCCCAGGGAGGCCAAACCUCCACUCCCCGGGUAACGUGUGGGUACUGCGGAAUACCGAACCACACCGAGGAUGAGUGCUGGAGAAAGGCUCGAAAGUGCCUGAGGUGCGGAGGUGUGGAUCACCAGAUAGUCAACUGCCCGUUGAUCAGUGAUACCCAAUCGACUGCCAGGUCAAACCCAAGGCCGACCAAUGUUGGAGGGGCUAGGUCGAGGGUUCCGGCUACAGUAUAUUCGCUGGAUCAAACAACCGUACCUGAACCAACGAAGGUGGUAGAAGGUACAAUCCCUGUUUUUCACCGGUUAGCCAGAAUUUUGAUAGACCCCGGUGCUACUCAUUCUUUUGUUAAUCCUGCAUUUAUGCUUUGA